GUUCUUGUUCUGCUGAGACAAGUAGCCCAUACUCUCUAUACGCUGGAAAACUAAUAAUAACUAUGGCCACAUUUACUUGUAAAGUGUCUGUGACCACAGGUGACAUAGCUUCUGCCGGAACCAAUGACAAUGUUUAUAUCCCCCUGAUAGGCACCAAUGACACAAGUGACACCUUUACACUGGACAACGGGGGUCAAGAUCGUGUGAGAGGAGCAACUGACGUGUACUAUUUAACUUGCAAAAAACACCUGGGAGAGACUGUGCUCAUCAGGCUGGAAAAGUCCCCCAUUCUCGCUGGAGAUGACUGGUUCUGUUCGAUGGUGACAGUGGAGUUUGAGGAGAAAACCUACAACUUCCCUUGUUACAGAUGGCUGAAGGGGAAAGAGUGCCUUGAGCUGAGAGAGGGCAAAG